CAUCACUUAAAAUUAAAAAAAAAAAAGAAAAAGAAAAAAAAAAAUCAAAGCUCAAAGCUUUCUACUUUUUCAAUGGAAUAAUUAUCAUUGAAGUCGCAAAGGUUCUUCCGUCAUUCUUCUGUAAUCUCUUCAUCUUCUUCUUUGAUCGAAGAAGGUUAGGUUCUGGUGAUCGGAACCAAUGCCUUCUGCGGGGGCGAAUCAGUGGCAGGAAAAAGCUAGUGGUUUCUUUUCUUCAUCAGGGGUGAAGCUUAAGGAAGCUCGGCAGACGGCUGGGACGUUCGUGGAGGAAGUGGCGAAGGAUGCGAAAGUUAACGUGUCGGAUGUGACGGAACGAGUUGGUUCCAUGUUCAAGAGCCGGUGGGCGGUUCUUCGUCAGCCGGCGACGAGACACGCUGUGCAGGAAAGCCUUAUAUCAGCUGCGGCGACAACUGGGACGCUGCUGAGGAAGGGCAUCACUGGGACCAAGGACAAGGUUGCCGUUGGCAAGACAAAAGUCGGGGAGGUGGCAAAAAAGACAGCAGAAAAAAGCAAGACUAUUUUAACUGAUAUAGAGCGAUGGCAGAAGGGUGUUGCCAGCACAGAUGUAUUUGGACUUGCAAUUGAAGUAACUGUGCAACGACAGCAAUCCAGCAGACCUGUUCCCCAUAUAUUGGUCAACUGUGCUGAUUUUCUCAUAUUAUCAGGAUUGAAUUCACUGGAUCUGUUUAGAGCUGAAGGGGAUAAAACGAUCAUUCAACAAUUGGUUUCUACAUACAACAAAGAUCCCAAUGCAUCAUUGCCUGAGGGUUUGAAUCCAAUUGAUGUGGCAGCUCUAGCUAAAUAUUACCUGGCAAGUCUUCCUGAGCCAUUGACAACCUUUGACCUCUAUAAUGAGAUCAAAGGUGCCCGUUCUAGCAUACAUGCAAUGAGAAACAUAUUGAAGAAGCUUCCUACUGUAAACUACAUGACACUGGAGUUCAUCACUGCACUAUUACUUCGUGUUAGCCAGAAUUCUUUCCUUAACAAGAUGGAUGCUCGAAGCCUUUCAAUGGAGAUGACUCCUGUAAUUAUGUGGCAGAAGGAUCGGAGACCAGAAUCUUAUAGGCAAUACUGGAGUCACCCACCAAAAACUCCUAGUGAUAGCAUGGUUCCAAAACCUGAUUAUAGUACAUGGGACAUGCUUUCUGAUGAAGGAGAAGAAAUGGAUGCUUCCUCUCACAUUCCCUUGGAUGAUGGCAUGCCAAUGGAUUUUGGUGCUAUUGAGGUUAUUCAGUGCCUAAUAGAACAUCACAAUCCCAUUUUUACAGAUACAAAUGAGACUGUUUGGAGAUAAUCCAGAUCAAAGGCUGUAUAGAAGACAUCAAGUGCGUAUUGUAACCAAUUAUCCCUUGAGAUUUGAGUUUUAAAUUUGGUUAAGUGACUGUUAUGCUGUGCUACCAGGUAUCAUAUCGGUAGCCAGCUCUGGAGAAGCACUUUUGUGUCUGUACAUUCUAGUCAUUAGGUAGAUCUUUUCUCAAUGGUUUUUGUGUUUGGAGAGAUAUCGGUUUGCAAUAUGCUGCAUAUUUUGAUGAAGGGAUGAAAUAAGAUGCAUAGCCGACAAUCCAACCGCACAUAAUUGAUUUUCUG